GAACAGUGGUCUUGUCUCUCUGACAAGGGGUUUUGUGUCUUGUCUUAUGUGACGAGGUAUUUUCCCUUUUAUUUUCUUAGUUCCUUUAGAUUCUCUCACAUUUCACCAUGACUACGACAGAAAAGCAUGAAGACCAAAUGAUUGUCCAAUAUGCGAAAAUCUCAUUGGAGGAUGAGGAAGAAGGUGGCCUGGUGUUUGAAGACAUCGGGAAUGCGAAUCAGGCUCCAGAAUAUCAAUGGUCACUUGUGGGUAGAUUUCUCACUGAUCGGGCUAUUAACUUUCUGGCCAUGAAGAACACCCUGGCUUCAUUGUGGCGACCAGUUAAAGGACGGACUUUUGGAUACAUGUUUAUGAUCUUCCUUGUGGAUUCUUGGCUGAGAAAGUUGCAAAGGAAAUUGAAAACUAAUUUGGUUCCUUUGUCUCCGCUGAUCCAAAAAACUUUGAUGGUACUUGGAAAGAGUUUAUGAAAAUCAGAGUAACUAUCGAUGUUCGUAUACCUUUAAAGCGGAGGAUGAAGAUCAAAAGAAAAGGUAGUGAAUGGGUAUGGAUCAAAUUCAAAUAUGAAUGUCUACCCAUGUUUUGCUUUUUUCUUUUUUGUGGUUUUAUUGGUCACUCAGACCGGUUCUGUGAAGCUCUUUUUUACCAGCAAGAUCGUGAUCAUGUUAGACCUUAUGGAGUAUGGCUGAGAGCUCCAAGGAGACGUACUCUCUCAAACCGGUGAUCGGUGGUUGCGCCAUAGGCUGUCGAAUUCAGAUUGUGGUAGUGAAGCAACAACCAUGCCUACUAUAGUAAUGCUAGACUUUUCGGUGAAAGGGAAGGGACAUGUCAAGGAAGUUAGCACUAUUAAUGGAGUACGUGGGAAGAAGAGUGGAGAAGCUGGAAGUGUCUCGACAAUUAAGGAACAACUUAUCAUGGGACAAAUAUCUCUAGUAAAGGUACAUAAGAUGUUAUGGAAUGCUAGGUGAAAGGUGUAAUUAUUUUGGAUUCUAGACGUCAUCGCAAGGAUGAGGUGGAACCAACUGAUAAUAAUAUGGUUAUUGG